AAUUCACUGUAAUUCAACUGUAAAAAAGUAUCAUAAAACAUUCACAAGGGUCAAAAAUAGUUGCUGAUACAGUAUACUGGCAGACUACACUGAUUUGGGUGAAUGUUAACGAAUACAAUCUUGUAGUUAGGAGAAACAUUUCUCAUUGCAUUUGCCUGAAAUGAUCAGGCUUGGUGAUCAAGUGAAAGUAAAAACAAGUUCAAUAAAUAUGGAAGGGGUGGAGAUCACAUGCACAACAAUGCUGAUACAAUAAUGCAGUCACACUAAACAUUCAUUGGCAGUUCAGCUGACUGCUUAGAGAAGAAAGAAUGAGCGAAUGUUUAAAGCGUCUGUUUCCCUGCUGUUUUUCAGCAGCAAAAAAACAAGACACGCCACUUCGCAUUGUACUGAUUGGAAAAACUGGAGUUGGGAAAAGUGCAGUCGGAAACACCAUUCUUGGUAGAAGGGCUUUUGAUUCAUCCCCUUCUGCAAACUCUGUUACUCAUAGAUGCAGAAAAGAAAUGGUGAAUGACCAAAGAAACAUUUAUGUGAUUGACACGCCUGGAGUCUUGGACACUAGUAAACCGAUAGACGACAUCAAACAAGAAAUCGUGAGAUGCAUCCAGGUGUCAGCACCAGGUCCUCAUGCGUUCCUGCUGGUGAUACAAAUUGGCCGUUUCACAACCGAGGAGCAAAAUUCGGUUCGAGCUCUACAAGAGAUCUUUGGAGAAGAAGCUUCAAAAUACAUGAUAUUGGUCUUCACUCAUGGUGAUGCACUUAAGGGUCAAACAAUAAAACAAUAUGUCCAAAGUGGUCAUGAAGACCUUAGAAGAGUCAUCCAGAGCUGUGGAAGUAGAUAUGUGGUGUUUGAUAACACUAAGAUGAAAGAUCGAGACCAGGUGAAAGAAUUAAUAAAGAAAAUUGAUGAGAUGGUGGCAGCCAAUGGGGGAAGUUGCUUUACUCAAGAAAUGUAUGAAGAAGCAGAAGAACUGAUUCAACAACAGAAGAUAGAGAGAGGGUUGGCAGAGCUUCUAGAGUAUGAUUUUAGCUUUAUCGAGAACCUUGAAGAUAGAGUCCGUUUGUUUCAACAAAUAUUACUUGGGCACCUUUACCAAAAUUUGGGGUUUGAUGAUAAGGAGUGAUUAUAAUUUGAUCAAUUUUCAAUUCAUUUAACACUUAUUUUUAUAUUUUUAAUUACACAAAUAAUGUGGAAAAUGUGAAAAAAAAACUUGAACUCUGAACAAAUCUGAACUGAUUUUGAUCCAGCUGAAUUGUUUGAAUUGGAAAAUAAGAUUGGUUGUGAUUUGUUGGCAGGUUCAGAAAGUGUCAUAUUGUGAAAAAUGCACUUUAUGUAUUUAUCAGUGAUGCACGGGUUAAUCCAAAAUGAGUGGAAAUGAGUCAUUACGAGUCAUUCAAAAAUAUUUUUUAUGAUAUUCAGGUCGCGGUUGGUCGGGUCGAAAGAUGCCAAUUAACUAUUUUAAACAAUUACUACUUAUAUAUAUAUAUAUAUUUUUUUUGCACCUUGACUAAUUUACUUAAAUGAAACAAGUUAAUAGGCCUACAACACAUUUUUUUGUCUCAACCUAUUUUUAAAAUGUUCAAUCUGCUUAAAUUGUAAAAAAAUUACAUGAACUCAAUCAUUUUAUGUUGGGACCACAUGAAUGAUUUUUGUUGCUAUUACUUACUGGACCGUGAAUCUGUAUUUCCCAGCAUGCUUAUUUAAAUUAAGUGUUACUUUAUGCAUUUUUAGGUAAAGAGAAAGACUUUGUAGUGUUUAAUGUUGGUUUAUCUUAUUGAUAUAAAAGAGUUUGUGUUAUAUUUUUACGAAUUGUUUGGUUAUCAUCGUGCAGAAGAGUGGCACUUGUGGUUAAGUUGUGGAUGUGACGUACUUCUUUUAAAGAGUACUUAGGGCUUUAACUGUGUUAAUGCCUGUUUGAAGAUUUCUCUUCUCACAUGUUCAUCCAAUGUGUCAUUAGCAUGCUAACGUGUGCUUAUGCUAAUUAAUAUGAUAUAGAAACUGACAAUUUAUUUAACUAGACUUUUUUGUUUGAAUGAACUUUGUUUUGUCUUUGUUGAACAGACCGGAAUUAGUUGCGUGGAACAGUUUGACUUAACUGAACUAAGUUUAUUGAACAAGAUAUUUUUAUGACCAAUGAAAAUAUAUUUAUUAAUUUGGUGCAACAAAAAAAUAUUUGUUUAAAGUAACUUAUUUUAUUCUGUUAAAAAUGCCUGUUUGAAGAUAUCUCUUCUCACAUGUUCAUCUAAUGUGUCAUUAGCAUGCUAACGCGUGCUUAUGCUAAUUAAUAUGAUAUAGAAACUGACAAUUUAUUUAACUAGACUCUUUUGUUUGAAUUAACUUUGUUUUGUCUUUGUUGAACAAACCGGAAUUAAUUGCGUGGAACAGUUUGACUUAACUGAACUAAGUUUAUUGAACAAGAUAUUUUUAUGACCAAUGAAAAUAUAUUUAUUAAGUUGGUGCAACAAAAAUGAUUUGUUUAAAGAAACUUAUUUUAUUCUUGUUGUACAAGCCUAAACUAAUUUUGUGAAGUUUUCCUUAAUUCAAGUAUGUUGAAUGAACAAACAGUUUUUUUUUUUGAGUGUACAGUGCUUUCAGUAAAUGUGUGGAAUUAUACAACAGCUAUGAUUUGUCAAAGAUUUCUCUCUGUCAUUGUUGUUAAUGAUGUCUUGGCCACAUCUUAAAUAAUACAAUCUCAAAUCUCCCAAAUGUUUUUGCUCAAAACUAAACACUGUGUCCUGUGGUU